CGUCUCAUGCGUCUCACCGGACAAACAAUUUGAGCAGGCAAGGCCUCACUCUGUGCUUCCUGCGAGAUCCUCAUCAUCUCCGUAACAUCUCCGAACCACCAGCAAGACACGCGCAUGGCGAGAACAUCAGAAGCAAUUCCUCCUGGCUUCCACACUUACGAUCCGCGCCAAUGGGUAAUUCGCCAUCAACGGCUAGUUUCGCAGAUAUUCGCACCAUCAGAGAUUGAGGGUUUUUCUACCGUGACAGAUAAGUCGAUGAACAGCACUCCAAUCGGAGAAGCAGGCGAGAUAAUUCACUGUGCCGCCUCGCAGGGCCUCACUUUCGCCGUCCAAGCCUUGCUUGCAGAACGGCGUACCGCCUGUGACGCAAAAGAUCGCUUCGGCAAAACUCCUCUUCACUGGGCUGCCGGACAAGGACACGUCGACACUGUCUUGGCGCUCGUGAAUGCCGGAGCCUUGGUCGACUCUCGCGACCAUUUCAACGCCACACCACUCAUGCUCGCGGCCUUGGGAGGGCACGAGCACGUCGUUCACUGUCUGCUGUAUGCCGGGGCUGGUGCGCCCAACCGUUACAACUGCCAAGGGCGUUGUCACGCCGAAUUGAGGAGUACCGCCCUUCACUAUGCCGCUGAGGGUGGUCACGUUGGAGUUAUCAUAGCCCUGCUGAGCGCUGGCUUCUGCAACGGUCAGCCCGACGAGACCGGUGUAACCGCAGCCGAGAUAUCCGCCAGAGUGGGGCACGAGUCAUCACGGGAAGCCACCCGUCGGCUCCUAGGCGGUGACAGAGGGGGCAAGCUGGUCUACGACUACGUCAACAUGGUCAGCCAGGACGUGGCUACCGUGUGCGGUCUGGCCCAAGGCGGGGCGUUUCUGGAUUGGCAGGACAACCACAGGAGACGCUCUCCGUUGCACCGGGCGGUGUACUUUGGGCACUUUCAGAUUCUCAAGAUCCUACUCGCUGCUGGCGCCAACCCAAACGUCGCCGACAACCAUGCCGUUACCCCGUUGCAUAUGGUUGCCGUCAAGGGAUGCGAGGCUGAGGCUGCCGAACUGCUCUGUGCCGGAGCAGAUACGCAUGCACGCACGGAUGACAGCUAUACGCCGCUACAUCUGGCCGUCGUCUACAACAGGAUUGGUGUCACGAGGCUACUCCUAGACGCUUCGGCAUCCUCCCUCGAAGUCCGCGAUAGUUUCCACGGUAUCACGCCGCUCGCAUGGGCGUCCAAGCUCUCCUUCACUACCAUGCUGCGCAUUUUGCUGAGUAUGGGAGCCGACGUCAACUCUAGGUCUCCAGCGGGCUUGACCCCCCUCCACUGGGCGUGCCGCUUCAACAGUGCUGACAUCGUCGAGUGCUUGCUAUUAGCGGGAGCCGAUCCCGACUCUUUGGAUAACGAGGGUGCCGACGCUGGCUCUGUGACUGGCCUUGGCGACCCUCCCGGCCAUACGGGACCUCAAAGCCCACCCAUUCUUCCUGGAGCGGCGAAUCAAACCGGCCGGCCAAAGAACGGAGCGUUGGCGACCCGCAUUCAGCUGGCUCUGUCGAAGGCCAGGAAGGAUCGCACUUGGCGUCGUCGGGGCUGGUUGGUCGUGCUGGCUAGGAGGCAAGCGAUGACGAUGGCUGUGGUGCCUGGCACUACUUCCAGAGCUUCGAAGACUUACGUGCGUGGCAACCAGGGGCAUCCUAGGAUGACCAUACCAAGGAUUCCGGUGAUGACAGGUGUGGACGGAAAGAUGGUCGUUGAGGAUCUCACUGGUGCCGACCAGAAACGGACCCGAGUGGCCAACGAAACCUUCAGCGCUGACGGCGGAGGGGCCGAAACCUGCCGUAAAGAAAACCCCGACCUGCACUGUAAGCAAACAAGCAUCGUCCGUGGGGAGGGGGCGUCUUCCUUCCACCGAUUUUUCGAUGGCACUGGCACCAAUUUCACCUCACUGCUAUCAGCGCCAUCCUCGGCUCAGCUCGGUUCGACUGGUGGCGAUAUCACCGGCUACGUCGGCAGUGGCACUGGCUGGGCGCCUGAACGGGGGGCUAUUGAGACUUUGCUCUGGCUGGCUGCUAUGGAAGAGGGUGUUUUCCGUAAUGUGAUGCGCUUUGUUUAGCGGGGUAAAACGUAGAUUUACAGGGAGGGCCCGACGUCGGUCAGGCGAACGUUUAGGUGGAGCACUCACUUCAUGGACCGACUAAUAUGA